AUGCAUCCACCGCUCGAGCACAUAGAUGUCUGCCUCCCUGUAACUGCACUGAAAGCACUUAAUUUGGGAGAUGCAAGACUUAUUUUGCAAGGACAAGGGCCGUACUCUCGCCUAAUUGAUGAUGGGAGUGGCAAAAUAUUGGCCGAAUUAAAGACCUUCAAACGAAACAACGUUCAUGGGUUCAUAGUUCUGGAUCAGAAAGACGAGAAAACAGGUAAUUCAUACGUGCAAUUUCUAGCCUGGGGAGGUGAAUCGUUGAGAAUUAUCGACUUGUAUUUUGCUAGAAGUGAGGCUGCUGAAAGCCCUGAGGUGUCCUUGACUCCAGUCAGUGCGGAAUAUCUAGCACCAGAUUGGAUUCUGGCUGGGUGUGCGCCUGACUCCAUAAAUGGAGUGGAUAGAGCUUACGUGCUGACUGCCCAUAAUAGUCUCCUUGGGCUUUAUGUGGUGCAUGGAAGCUCGCCGACAUAUCCAAAAUCGAUUCAUCUUCAGCAGCUCGUUGCUGGAGUCAAGUCUAUCCUCUACUCAGCUGAAACUAUAUCAUAUUCGGCGUCGCGCGUGCUGAUUGCUGCUGGAACCGUCUUUGGUGAGGUGAUAGUCUGGUCUUGCUUUCUAGACGAAAGUGUGCAUCUUAGACCCAGUGCUGUUGGCUCCAUCCAUCAUUUCUUCACAGGCCAUGAGGGAUCUGUUUUUGGGGUUCGGAUAUCUCCUGCAAUUGCCUCUUUACCUGGUCGCCCCAAUGGACGGCUCCUGGCGAGUUGUAGCGAUGACAGAACAGUCAGGAUAUGGGAUAUCUCAGACUGUGAGCAUGCGUCCCCUAACGAUCCUUCAGCCUAUUCGACGGAUGGUUUUGAACUUCGAAGCACCGGCUUUGGUGGAGCAGCUAUUGGCGAUGGCCUCGGCUCGGAAUCCUGUGUGGCGAGCGCCUUUGGCCAUAAAGCUCGGAUAUGGAGUGUGCAUUUCUUGCCUACAGGAGCUGAAGAUCGGCCCAGUAUGAGCCUGCUCUCACGUGGCGAGGAUGCAACUUGUAUAGUUUGGAAUCUCAGUUGGGAGCCAUCUUCAUCCCCGAGGCCGAAGUUUAGUUUAGGCCAAAUCUCUUCCUGGCAUAACCAUACCGGAAAGCAUAUCUGGUCCCUAUGCAUGCGCAGCACUGCUAAGGAUACAACGGUGUAUACUGGUGGUGCCGAUGGUGCUGUAAAAAGUUUCAAGGUAGAGGCGGAUGCGGAAUGUGGACUUGUUUUGCCGAACAGAAACAACAGCAUUACUGCCUCGGCUGGUCCUGGAAUGUCUCAAUCUAGGGUCGAUAAAUCAGUUAGGGCGUUCACCUUUGUUACACCAGAGCAUUUCCUAACUACCACUAUACGUGGCGAGGUGCAGGUCUGUUGGAUCAGCGCGGAGGCUUCGACUGAAAGCAUCAUUCUCAAGGAAACACUGUUCCUUGAAGAAGAUCUCUCAUCUUAUUGUGCUAUAACUUCCCUACCACAGUGUGGCAUUGCGCUUUUGGGCAAUUCACAAGGAUUAAUCCGACUUUACAAUCACAACACCAGAUCACUGCUCAGAAUUGUCGAAAGUGGCCCAAGGCCAUUGGUGCUAUUUGCCCUUGAUUAUAAACGUGGUGCUUCCGAUUCGCAUGAGACCCUGUUCUUCAUCUCAUCCCACCAUGAACAAGGCCAUUUGAGUCUAGUCAAGAUAUCACUAUCAGAAGGCGAGGUAUCGCAAAUGGAGACCAUAACUUUAGCUCUUCCUCACAGUUUUGGAGUAACUUGCGCAUCCUUGAUUUGUGGCAACCAAUAUGUGGCUCUAGGAAACACCCACGGUUCCCUUGUCUUAUAUCGCGUUGCGAACACGAUGCCUAUUCAGCAACCCAUCUGGAAUCGUAAGAUACACUCUCGGGAGGGUAUCAGUUGUAUAUCGUCGUUUUCAUCGCUUUAUGGAGAAAACAGCCCUUCCCUGAAUUAUUUCUUGACUUGUGGUCGAUCUGGAGUCUACUGUGUCCACGAGGUGGAGGCCGAGGAAGAUCCACAAAACUUGCCUACAGUUCGGACGAUCCAUCGCUCCAAUGCUACUCGGACCAUUGAAAUAGAGGGUGCUUACAUUGACAGACAAUCCAAGGAUCUUAUGCUGUAUGGGUUUCAUGGGAAAGAGUUCGUUCUGUGGAACGAGACCACACAAUCCGAAAUUGUCAGACGCUUAUGUGGUGGUGCGCAUCGGAGAUGGGCCUUCCAACCUAACCCGGAUGAGCCUGGGUCCGGCAUGUUUAUAUGGCUCCAAAAGAACCUCAAUGUUCUUCAGACUCGGGGUGAUGCUAACCGUACUUUGCGUGCGGGAGCACAUGGAAGAGAGAUCAAGGCCAUGGAUGUAGCUCACACGGCAGACGGCCCUCUCUUUGCAACUGGGGCGGAAGAUACUAUCGUGCGUAUAUUUGCACCGACAGAGCCAAACGAAGAAAAGCUGUGGGGCUCCUUUAAGUGUCUGCGGGUCUUGAAAAAGCAUCAGGUCGGACUGCAGCAAGUUCGCUGGUCAAAGAAGGGAAACUAUCUCUUUACAAGUGGCGGGAGCGAAGAAUUCAUCGUUUGGCAGAUUCGAUCGAUUCCCUUGUUUGGGCUUGCGACAAAUGCAGUAGCCUCAGUCAGGGAUGAUCCGUUCUCUGAUCUUCGAGUGACCAGUUUUGAUGUGUUGCAGGUGGAUGAGAAUAGCUCGGAUGGCAGCUUCCUGUUCUGCCUAGUAUAUUCUAACUCCACACUGAAGAUAUUCCACUAUUCUUCGACGGUCGAUGGUGGCAACUUCACCUUACUGGCCGAGGGCACAUAUACAAGCAAUUGCCUCACCGAAGCAUGCUUCCUACUGCGCGACUCCACCCUGAGCUUGCUGACGGCAUCUACAGAUGGAUAUUUCACAUUCUGGAACUUAACCUCGGUCUUGGAGCCGUACUACACUAUCUCUUCGGCUCUUCGCCUGAAACAGCCCAUCGGCACGUUUCCAAUUACGCCGGGGAAUAUCUCAUGCGAAUACAGAUACCAGACUCAUUCGAACAGUAUCAAAUGCCUGGAGCUUGCUCAUAUAUCGGAUGCAGUUUCUCUUGUCGUUGCUGCCGGUGACGACAACGCACUAACACUCUCCCUUCUGAACACAAACUUCACGAGCACUGAAGCUGGCGAUGCUACCACAAUCACAAUCCCCGACGCCCAUGCAGCAUGUAUCACAACAGGCAAGAUACUCAAGCAACGCCAAUGUCCGGACAUGGGAACAAUGCAGGCCGUCAUUGCUACUUCCGGUAAUGACCAUCGGGUCAAGAUCUGGUGCGCCGAGGUAGAUGCUAAGAAGAUUGGAGCGGACGCAAUACAAGUGCAAAUGAUAGCAGAUAGAUACAGCUCCGUAGCCGACAUAUCAUCUCUGGGUCUCAUUUGCGAGGCGUCGGGAGAGACCAAGCUUCUUGUCUGUGGUGUUGGCAUGGAAAUGAUGGGCAUCCAACUACCUUAA